AUGCAGUCACACGCUGCCUCUUUUCGCAUGAAGCUCUCGUGCGCUAGGUGCAGAGAUCGAAAGCUGAAAUGCGAUCGAGGUGAACCAGAAUGCAGCAGAUGCCAGGCCAGUGGUGUGCAGUGCGUGUAUCCCGAGAAGCGGAAAGCCCGCGGACCGCCACAUAGAACCGAAAUCCAUCGUCUAGACCACCGGCUGGAGGCUCUGGAGGAACGCCUGAAGACAGACUCGCCUACAACGCAGGCCAGCAGCGUCCAGCCGAGUGAGAUAGCUCCAAAUCUCGAAUCGGAACCAGGACAUGAGACUUUCUUAUAUAAAAUGGUUAGUGGUGCAAAGGACAGCAUCGAAUCCCUCACGAACCAAACUCGACUGGCCUCGAAGCCCCCGUUAAACAAUGCAAUCACACGGCUGGACACGGCAUUGGACCAGCUGGCUGCUCCGAGCCCUCGUCCGGACAAAAGUGUGGUGGACAACCGCAGAGGCUAUCUGCUGUCUGACGAUGUAAAACGAUAUAUAGACACCUUUCUGGAUAUGCUUCUACAGCAUUUCACCAUAUUUGACUCAUUCUCCGCCGUAGUUGAUCCCGAAUUCCUGAGAGCAAUGCCUCAUAUAAUCGACUCCCCAUACGCCCAGGUUGACCCCGUAAUGCGAGUGAUCUACUACAGCGCCAUCUACUUUGGCCAGACUAUCGGGACCGACGGCGAGGAAAGACUGGGGACCAGAACCUACUACCUGUGUCUUCAGUCGGUGCCCAAAUGGCUGGAGUCCGCAAAAGGGACGCAGCUGGACCUUCUUGCUGCCUCUUUGGUUGCGUGGAUGGCUAUCAACAACUUUGACUACCACCUAGCAUGGCAGUUCCACCGCGAGGCCUGUCGAUUCGGCGACCUGCUGGGGAUUCACAACGUAGACCUAAGCCCGGCUCGCUCGCCCGAGGAAGAGGCUGCAAAAGAAACGCAGCGGCGACUGCACUGGUUCUUGGUUGAAAUCGAUUUCCUUUUCAGGGUGUGGUACGACAAGCCCAGGGCUCUCCGGUGUCCACCAACUCAAGUCCGUCUGCCUGCGAUCAUCUCGCCAGCAACUGCGCAGCCAAAACGUGGUGACUGCGCACUCUUCAUCCUGUGGUCGCGGACGCUCUUCAUCCUUGACGACUACUUCAACGCCGUCGAGACCCUAGUGGAGAGAGACCUUGUCCGACGGAUAGACCACUACUGUAACCAGUUGAUAGAGCUUCAUGACGACUGGGAUCUGUUGUCGGUGGCUAGGUCGCUCAGAAUAAGCCAGUUCGAAUGCUGGAUGUACGCAGAGACCGCCAUUACCUUCCACAGCAUCAUCAUCACUAUGCGGCGCAGGAUAACGCCAGCAGGCCAGGCAACGCACCCACAGGCAGUCCAGUCUGCUCGGGCAAUCAUCAGCAUCAUUCACGAGUGGUCGAGGAAGGAUCUCGCACCAUACGGAGAGCGUCUUAAUACGCACUUCCUCUCGUUCUAUCCGUUCUGCGCUUUCUUCACGCUCUACUACCAUAUCCUGUCGUCGACCGACCUUGGCGAGUGUGAAAGCGAUAUCUGCAGUCUGGAGGCUCUCGUGGGAAUCAUCACAGUUAAAUCUUCUGUCCGGCCCGACUUCGCCCCAAUUGCGAAUGCUCUGGGGGCAUUGAAUGAUGUCUCACGAGCAGUACACUCUGGUCGAGCGCCUGCACAGGGCCUCACGGUGGUCUUCCAGGGGCCGCAGCCUACAGCGAGUCUAGAUCCUGGCUCGUCCGACAGUCGUGAGCAAGGUGAUGCUCAAGUCCCUUCCCAACCAAACCCGGGUCUCCAGCCUCUUCCGCCAUUUGAGUCAAUGCAGAGUCUCUCGGCGGGCGCUCCCUUGCAAGCAGAGAACCAAUUUGACGACACAUUCGGCAUUCCCUUUGAGCUUCAACAUCAGAUCGCCCUUGACUGGGACCCUGAAACCGGGGGGAAUGACCCAGCCAGGCCCGGGACUGGCCAGACGCUGUCAGAGCCGGUGGACUUUGUGAGGGCAAUCGAGAGCGAACUCAUUUGGCGGAACUGGCACGAGAGCUGGUGGAAUUGA